GAGAAGAAUAAAAAACUUGCUUUAGAGCUUCUUUAUCACAGUAUCGAUGCAAUUCCUGUUAAACGCAAAAUAUGCCUGGAUCCAAGCGAUAAAGACUGUACGAUCGAAAACCUUGAACGUGACGCACAUAUCAUUCUCAGUCCCUGCGAUGACACUUUCUCUGAAUUUACCAUCAAGAUGCCUUUCUUUUUUGUCUGCUUAUACAAUGACAAAUUAAAAAUCGUGGAAUUCAGUCUUGAAGAGACAUUUCGGGUGCAAAACACUAUGCAUUGGCAAGAUUGGGAACUUUUUGUGGCACAAUACGAGGCAUUCCGCACCAACUUGCUAAUGGAACGUGGAAAACGUACGGUACAUCUGGUGGAGUUAUAUCAUGGUGUCUUUGGGACUGUAUCGACCAAGAAUAUUGAGGUUAGGCUGAAGAAACUUUCUGUCUGCCAAGCACAAGAGCAAUUUCCAUGUUUAAAAUUAACAGAAAAAGGUACCGCAAAGUCCAUUCCCUGGGAGGAAGGCGAAGUUGUGGUUGUCAAUGGUGCGUCUGCUGAAUGGGGAGAUUCAUUCAGAGUUUUGCAAACAGUUCAAGGUGAUCGUCUCUUUAGUAUUCACCAAGCCAAAUAUGACUAUAACUCGGCCACAUACACUUUAAACAAUCUUCUCAAAGAACACAUUAAGAAUUAUGUUACUUCUAUUAAUACUAAAAAAGAGCUUUUCGAUAAACUUGCUAAGCACCGUCACAUAACGAUUGUUUUCACAACACAGCCAUUUUAUGAAACAGUUUCAUGUGACGAAUGCUUUAUUAUUUCGCGUAGUAAUUUUGAACAAUACUUUGGUCCUGUAUUUUCUUCUCGUGCUACAUUUGCCUUGACAAAAAACAUCAACCCAACUUUUCAGAAUCACAAGGGGUUGGUGAUGUCACUGCUGAAGAGAUUAUUAGAAAUCGACCAUAUAAAAGUGAGGAUGACUUCUUUAAAAAGCAUGGUCGGGCUAAACGAGGCGUGGAGAAGAAUGAGCAUGAGAAUCCCGAAAAGAAAAUCAAACUUGACUUCUACCCAUUUAAUGUGUAAAAAAUAAGUUAAUUCCGCGCUUAACAUGGAUAUUUUUAUCAAUUAUCAAUGUACAAUCUACAAUAACAAAUAUAAUAUCAAUAAUAGCUGUAUACCGAUUCUAUAAUUAUUAUUUUAUUUUAAUAAAGCUUAAUGCAUUACUUUUUCUAAUGGUUAAUUAUAUUCCACAGUAAAAAAUUUAAAAAAUUAAUUCGUGAUUAGUUUAAGAGCCGGAGAAAGAUUUUUAUAUUUCAGAAUCUGGAUCGACUUGAGUGAUAGACAUCUUGGUA